CUAUACCGUCUCUUCCAGAAGACUACCUUGAAAGAGUCUAUGCCGGUGUCCUUGGCAAGCUGAUCGGGGUAUACAUGGGUCGUCCAUUCGAGGGAUGGACACAUCAGCGUAUCAUCGCCGAGCUGGGACAUGUCCGGUACUAUGUCAACGGAAAGCUAAAUCUCCCCAUAGUCGUCGCGGACGACGACAUCUCCGGCACCUUUACAUUCGUAAGGGCUAUAGAGGAACAUUAUAAUUGUGACAAUAACCCUCAAGAGAACGACGAUGAGGAGAACGACGAUGAGGAGAAUGACGAUCAGGAAAAAGACGAUCAGGAAAAAGAUGAUCAGGAAAACAACGACGAGAACGGGGACAAGAUGGAAAUCACAGAAGCCUUAGAGACAUCGGGAACCUCUGAAGAUUCUAAAUCCUCUAGCACGCUAGAUGCCACAAAAGAGGAUCCUAUUACCGCAGAACAGAUCGGAAAGACGUGGCUCAAUAACGUGAUCAAAGACCGCACAGUCUUCUGGUGGGGUGGCAACGGCGUAUCGACUGAGCAUACGGCUUUCUUAAACUUACGAAAGGGAAUCAAGGCACCUCACAGCGGCUCAAUACAGACAAAUGGCAGUACUAUCGCCCAGCAGAUUGGCGCUCAAAUCUUUAUUGAUGGAUUUGCCAUGACGGCACCGGGAGACCCAGCUUUAGCCGCUCAGCUCGCAGGAGCAGCAGGCUCGGUGAGCCACGAUGGAGAAGCCGUAUACGCAGCGCAGCUCUGGGCUGUUAUGGAAGCUGAGGCGUUUUUUUCUAAUGAUGUGAAUCAUCUAUUAGAUACCGGACUCGGCUUCAUACCCUCAGACUCGCUUAUAGCCGCAUUAGUUGAAGACGUGCGUGGAUGGUGCGAGGACGACGACGAUUGGAUGUACACGCGACAAAGAAUUGAGAAAAAAUACGGGUACGACAAGUUUCCAGGAUUCUGCCACGUGGUACCUAAUCACGGCAUCAUGAUCAUGUCGUUAAUAUACGGAGGGCAUAACUUCGCUGAAGCCAUGCAUAUUGUGAAUACUUGCGGUUGGGAUACCGAUUGUAAUUCGGGAAACGUUGGGUGUUUGGUGGCUAUCAUGCACGGGCUAGUGGCGUUUGAUUAUGAAGAAAAUAAUAAAAGAAAAAAAUACGACUGGCGAGGGCCAAUAGCUGAUCGUGCUCUGAUCUCGAGCGCAGACGGCGGGUACUCGAUCAAUAACGCCUCGAAUAUCGCUUACGACAUUGUAAACAUGGGCCGGAAGCUCGCAGGAGAAGAAACUCUCGCACCCCCGAAACGAGGCGCGCAGUUUCACUUCAGCUUACCGGGGAGCGUCCAGGGGUUCUAUGUUCUUCAUGAUGACGGAAACGGGCCGGGGGGAGACAUUUCGCACAUCAUCAGUAAGGAUAAAAGCUCCAGCUUAAGAAUUGCCAUUCGUCAGACGAAAGAGGUAGUAAUUCUGACAGAUACUUUCACACCGCCUGAUGAUCGCCAGGUGAGUAUCUACGACCUGACCGCCUCGCCACUAGUAUAUCCCGGACAAGUUCUCAAAGUGUCACUAAGAGCACAUCCUGAUCAGCGUAAUGGUAUAGCGGCAAAGCUAAUUAUACGCUUUUAUACGCACAAGGACAACCUCGAGUACUAUUCUGGCAAUUACAUAAAUUUCAAGCAGAACGACCAUCACGUCUUGCAAUUGAGAGUUCCGGUGCAGUUAGGCUACCAACCAGUUCAGAGUGUAGGCAUAGCUAUUAAACCAGUCAGGGUAACGAGCGACAGUCCUGAAGUCAUAUAUAUGGACUAUCUCCGGUGGGACGGCACUCCAGCUCUUGUCCUUGAACCGGGUGACGACCGAGUUGGGCCCCGGUCCUUCUACAAGCGGUCCUUUGUCAAUGGCGCUGAUGUGUUCGACAUUUCUAGCAGUACGUUCAUAGUAGCCCAGGAUCAAGGCGAAGGUAUCGUCAGCUACGGUACGCGAGACUGGACAAAUUACAGGGCUAUAUUCAGGGACUUCACUGUCAACAUGAGCGGGCCGGCUGGUGUUGCUGUGCGGGUACGAGGGCUGAAUAGAUACUACGCGCUGUUCUUCUAUAAAAGCAGUGCUGAUAUUAGCGGUUCCAAGGACCGCAUCGCGCUGGUCAAAGCUCUCGACAACGAGCGUAUUGAACUAGCCAGCGCAGACUUCGACUGGAAGUACGAUCUGCCAUAUAAUGUGAUUUUCAAAGUGUCAGGCGAUUUGCUGCAUGCCCGAAUCGGCAAAACCGAACUCUCGGCACGUGACGCGCAGUACCCCGGCGGCGGAAUAGGAAUGGUAGUGACCGACGGAUCGAUACUUAAGACAAAGAUGUGGUCGUGUUAGGCGUCUGAUGUGUGGAAUAGGAGAAAUCGACAAGGAUUUUUACCAUGAAGCAAACGUGGAAAAGAGGAAGGUCUAUCAGAUGUAUCAAUAAUUAGUAUGAGAAAAAGAGGUAUCUGGCAAGUCAAAUCAAAGGGAUCAGAAUAUUGACUCAACCGCACACAAAUCUUGGCUUGGAAC